CGAUAUGCAUCCACCGAACGACCUGCGCCGCCCAAACCACGAGUGCUGGAGAAGCCAGACAGGUUUCGGCCGCCAUCGCAUCCGUCGAGACUGCGCCAGAAGACGAGAUAUACCUACGGUCCAGAGCUCACUCAGGCACAAAAAACCAAGCGAUACCCACACAUGAUGCCGCCUGAGGGCACGUUUAUGCACUGGUUCCUCACUAACAGGAACAUCCACUUGUGGAUAUCGCUGUCCAUUCUGGUGUCGCUUGUCGUAGGAAUAUGGCUGACCGAUUUCCUACACGAUACUCCUUAUAAAGAUAUGCUGCCUCCGAACAGCAUGUUCUUUGCGCACCCUUUCUCGUUCAUCGGGAGAUGGAUUGAAGUCUACGAUCUUCACGUGGCCUAUGUCAGUGCCCAAACUGCAGAGAAGAGGAAACAAAAGGUCGAUGAUGUUAAGAAGCGUUCUGCCUACAGAAAAGCGCAUGGGCUGGACCAACAAGAAGGCAUAUUCGGUGGUUGGAUGGCGAAGUCGGAUGAGCAAUCUAAAGACCCAGAAUUGGUUGGUAGCAGCCCGCAGGCUGAACCACAACAUGCUGGAGAGGCAACGAUUGAAAGUAUCGCGAGCAAACCCAAGAUGGCUGCUGAGACUUAUGUCGAUUUCGAUGGAAAGGCGCAGCCCGUCCAGAAGAAGUGGUUCGGCAUCUUCUGA